UCCACAAUGAGCCUCCUGCCCUGCCAUGCUGCCCACAUCCCUGGCGGUUCCCGCUCGCUGUUCACGGUGCUGUCGUUUCUGCUGCUGCUCACACUGCAGCAGCAUCUAGCAGAAGGAGGCCCUUCCGCGGUCUUAACCGCCACAACGGAGCUGCGUUGCGUUUGCUUAACCAUAACUUCAAGAGUUAAUCCCAAAAUGAUUGCUAAUAUGGAGGUGAUCGCUGCAGGUCCACAGUGCCCCAGGGUGGAAGUCAUAGCUAAGUUGAAGAACAAGAAGGAGGUCUGUCUGGACCCAGAAGCUCCUUUGAUGAAGAAAAUCAUUCAGAAAAUACUGGACAGUGGAAAUAAGAAAACCAAGAGAAAUGCACUUGCCCUGGAAAAAUCGCCCAGGCCUUAACAGAAAAAUCUCUGAGGACUCUGGCCCCAUUGAAGACAAGACAGAAGGGCUGAUUUUUUUUCCCCUAGUAAUUUUCUUUGUGAACUCCUGGCUUUGAAGAGGAAAGGGAAGCCACUGUCCCUGCAGCUUUCUGUUCAGUUUACGAGCGUAUUUAGCAAAGCACACCCCAUUCUUUUCUACGGUCUGUUACACUACUGGGAAUUGUGGCAUUUUAGCUUGUAAGUCAAGACUCUUUGGUUGUCAAUGUUUUACAAUGUUUUGAAUUGAAAGUGACUAUUGCAUUUUUGUCUCUAGAAAAAAAAUAUGUAUGUCUGUUUAUGCAUGUAUGCCUUGUAGUGUUCAUGGGAAGGCUGUGGAAUUAACAUAUUAAUGAAGUUCUUUUAGAAGUUGUUGAUGGGGACACCCUCAUCCUUUCUCAUAUGAAAUGGGAACUGUGUUGCUGUUGCUGCCUGUGUGUGUUCACCUUUCUUACAACUGAGCCUGGGGUGGUAUAUAACUUUAUGAUAUUAGCAAGCUGGUAUGCCAUGCAGAAACCUGUAUAGAAUACAUUUCCUUAUUUAGAAUUUCUACAUGUGUAAGUUCUAGAAGGAUUGAUGUAUUCUCAUCUUACAAUUUUAGACAUUUGAUGUCUUCUUAGUAUGGCAUAAUGUCAUGACUUAUCAUCAAACUUAUUGUGUGCUAUUUAUUGACUAGUUUACUAGUAUUACUAUUCGGGUCACUACGUGCAUGUUAUAGGUAGAUGAAGAAGAUAAGAAGCAGGUAAAUUCCUGUCUAGUUUUCAUAAAAACACAUUUAACAGCUAUUUUUAGUAAGAGAAACUUUA